GCCAUUUCCUACUCCAGGGCAUCUUCCCAACCCAGAGAUCAGACCCACGUCUCUUAUGUCUCCUGCAUUGGCAGGAGGGUUCUUUAUCACUAGUGCCACCUGGGAAGCCCUUAUUAUAUGGUGUGUUAGUAUCUAAUGUUAACCCAAUAUCCUUGAGAAGGAGACUUGGUGUCUGUGAUCUUUCAAAUGUCUUGUUUCAGGGUUUGUUCUGUGUUCAUUCACGUGAAUGCAAAUACAGAGAGAUUUGUAACUUCUAAACUCUUUGCUCCUGGUCAGAGCUGUUCAGUCUAUGCUUGAGAACAGAUUGCUGAAGGGUAAGACCAAAUCCAGAUUUUGUGAUCUAAGAAAUUGCCUUGAGUGUGGUAUCACCUUCAGGGAAUCUUCAGUAUAGCCAGGAGCUGUAUACACUUAUCUGCACUAAAGCAGAGCACCUUCUGCGACAGCAGUGAGGGACUUCCCUAGCCAUGCCCUCUUCUAUCCUAGGACUGCUGAUGCUGGAGGCAGUAGUUGAAUCUCUCAUUGGCCUCAUUGGAAAUGGAGUUCUUGUGGUCUGGAGUUUCGGAGAAUGUCUCCGAACGUUCAGGGCAUCCUUGUAUAACCUCAUUGUCCUGGGCCUGGUGGUCUGUUGGUUGCUUUUACAAUGGUUGAUUAUGGUGGACUCAAGUCUGUUCCUGCUUUUCCAGAGCAGCCAUUGGCUUCAUUGGCUCAGUGUCUUCAGGGUUCUGGUAAGCCAGGCCAGCCUGUGGUUUGCGAGUUUUCUCAGUGUCUUCUACUGUAGGAAGAUCAUGACCGUUGAACACCCUGUCUCUCUAUGGCUGAAGCAGAAGGCCUGUUACCUGAGUUGCUGGUGCUUUCUGGUGUACUUCAUGAUCCAUUUGUUACUUAUAGUCAGGGGUAGCUUAGACUUCUCCAGUCCUUCCCAAGGAAACAGCAGCAUCUUAUUCCCCAUUUUAAACUGGCACUAUAUAUGUAUAUUACAGCUCAAUACAGAAAGUAUGAUGCCUUUCACUAUGUUUCCUAUUUCCUCUGGGCUGCUUGUCUCUUUGUAGAGACACUACAGGAAGAUGAAGGUCCAUACAGCUGGCAGAAGAGAUGCUCAGGCCAAGGCUCAUAUCACUGUCCUGAAGUCCUUGGGCUGUUUCCUUGUACUUUACAUGGUCUACAUCCUGGCCAGCCCCUUCUCCAUCAGCUCCAAGACUUUUCCUGCAGAUCUCUUCACUCUCUUCAUCUCUGAGACACUCAUGGCCGCCUACCCUUUUCUUCAUUCUGUCAUACUGAUCAUGGGGAACCCCAGGAUGAAGCAGGCAUGUCAGAGAAUCCUGUGGAAGACUGUAUGUGUUUGAAGAGCCCAGGGCCUGUGAGCUGGAGAGAGAAGAGUGGUCAGGAGACUGUUUUGAGAUAAUUUUUUGAUAGCUCUCCCAAA